AUGGACGCCGCCGCCGCCGUUGGUGGAGAAGCAUUCAUAAACUACGCCGUCGAAAUCGCCGAGUUCCUCAACUCUCUGUUACCAGGGGGCCCGUUGGCGAAGGCCCGCAUUGAUUUCAUCGUCUCGCACCUCAUCUCCCUCCUCCCUCCGCCCUCCGUCCCCGCGCCCGAUGACGACGGCUCCUCCGACUCCGACGACGACCACUUCUCCCUCUCCUCCUCCAGCUCCUCCGACGACGCCGGGGUCGACUUGCCCGCUGUCGUUAUGGCGCCGCCGGUUGACGGCCUGGACCACAUCGGCCGCCUCCCGGACGACCUGCUCUCCAACAUCAUCUCCCGCCUCCCCACCAACGAAGCCGCGCGCACCAUGGUCCUGUCGACGCGCUGGCGCUUGGUGUGGGCGGCGACGCCGCUCCUCGUCGACGACGCCCACCUCAAGGCCACCAACGAGUCCCGCGAGAUGUCCGCCUUGUGCGCCGUGCGCGCCGUCUCGCGCUGCGUGGCCGCUCACCCUGGCCCUGUCCGCGCCGUGCGCAUCACCCGCACCUCCUUCGACGAGCAGGAGUACGCGCUCCAGCGCCUGGUGGCCAGCCUCGCCGCCAAGAACGUGCAGGACCUCAUCCUCUUCAACCGCCCCGUGCCGUUCGCCAUGCCGCUCCCCGGCGACAUCCUCAGCUGCGCCUCCCUCACCCGCCUCUACGUCGGCAUCUGGCGCUGGCCCUUCCCGGACACUGCCGCCCACCCGCCCGCCUUCCCCAACCUCCACGAGCUCGGCCUCUUCCACACCAUCAUCGAGGACAAGGAAGUCGACGCCUUGCUCGCGCAGUGCCCCAAGCUGAACAUCCUCUCCUACGCCAUGGCGUGCAACUUCCCUUCGCACCUCCGCGUCAAGUCCUGCAGCCUCCGUGUUGUGGUGGAAUGGAGAUGCAGCUUCGAUGAUGUCGUCAUCGAUGAUGCCCCCUGCCUGGAGCGCCUGCUCUUUGAUAGCACUGGAGACCUACCCAUCAAGAUUGUGCACGCGCCCAGGCUGGAGGUCCUCGGGUUCUUGGACCUCCAGUUCCACACGCUUGAGAUCGGCGGCAUUGCCAUCACGGCUGGGAUGAAUGUGAGACCUUGUGCCAUGCUUCCAAGUGUGAAGAUACUUGCUGUCAAGGUGCGGUUUUGGAACGACGCGGAGGCCAAGAUGCUGCCCACUCUGCUCAGAUGUUUUCCUCGCCUCGAGAAACUUCACAUCAUGUCCAUUUGGUCCAAGUCACCCGAUGUCGGGGAUGAUAUGGAUUUCUGGGAGUCCCUGACCUCCUGCAGUUGCCUUGAAUCUCAUCUGAAGACGUUCGUCGUCCACAGAUUUCAGGGCUGGAAACAUGAGGCGGCAUUCAUCCGUUACAUUUUUAAGAAUUGUAAGGUGCUUGAGUCCCAUGGCAUUGUAUAUGGUGACAGUGAUGAUGUGGUAGUGAAGGGAUCAGAUGGAAGCAGCUCCAGUGAUGAUGUGGUAGUGGAGGAAGGUCCAAUGUCAGGUUCUGUUGGUGAGGGCAAUACGCCAUCAGGUGGAAGCAGUGCCAGUGAUGUUGGGGAAGUGGAAAAACGGCCAAUGUCAGGCACCGUGGGCGAGGGCAAUGCACCAUCAGGUGGAAGCAGUGGCAAGUAUGUUUUUGCUCACCCCGCCUUCCCUUGCUGGAGCUUUCAGAAAGCCAUUGACUUGUCAGUGGAGGAUCCCUUCUAUGUGCUGGGGCCUGUCAUUGCUCUGAUCAAUGUUGUUGAUAGUUCUGUUGACGAUGAGACGGCGUGCUAGACUGUGAUGGUGCCUAUGCUGGAGAUAUUUUACUCGGCAGGUUUAUGUUGCAGUGCUAAGGAUAUAUGGCAGUUAUUUGUUACUCCUACUUGAUAGUUCUGUUGUGAGCUAAGAAGGUAGACUAAGCCCAUGAGGGUCUGGAAGCUAGUUUGAGUAGCACCUCUGAGUUUUGUAUUUUGGAGACUUAGGAUUCUGAGUUGUGGAAGUAACUUAUGGCAUGGUGUUUUGGGCCUUUUUUCAGCUUGUAGAAGUAUUUACCGCAUGCACAAUCUAUCUAUGCUCAAAAAAACAUCUCUAUUGUUUUCCUGAUUUGUUCUU